GACGUGUCCGCGGAUGUCGUCAUCAUUCCAGUGACGCGGCCUGUCUCUGUUGGCAAAAAGAAGAAGGAGAGACGGACGCAGAUCGGAGGAGGAAAACAUUAAAUAAAUCAACAAAUAAACUAUUAAAAAUACUUUAUAAUUACACUAGAGAGCCGCUGAGGGCGUGUGGGACCCGCAGCAGGCGGUUGAAAAGUUAAAAAAAUUAAAUAAAACAGCGAGUUGCGACUACGAGCACUUAAAAAAAAAAAAAAAAUGUUGACCAAAUUUGAAACGAAAUCGGCCCGAGUCAAAGGUCUCAGUUUUCAUCCGAAGCGCCCCUGGAUUCUUGCCAGUCUCCACAAUGGAGUGAUUCAGCUCUGGGACUAUCGCAUGUGCACCCUGAUCGAUAAGUUCGACGAGCAUGACGGACCUGUCAGAGGGAUUGAUUUCCACAAGCAGCAGCCUCUCUUUGUCUCUGGUGGAGACGAUUAUAAAAUCAAGGUGUGGAACUACAAGUUGAGGCGUUGUCUCUUCACUCUGCUGGGACACCUGGAUUACAUCCGCACGACGUUCUUUCACCACGAAUACCCGUGGAUCCUGAGCUCGUCCGAUGACCAGACCAUCCGGAUCUGGAACUGGCAAUCGCGGACCUGCGUUUGUGUGCUGACUGGUCAUAACCACUAUGUGAUGUGCGCUCAGUUUCACCCCUCUGAAGAUCUGGUGGUGUCGGCCAGCCUCGACCAGACUGUACGGGUUUGGGAUAUCUCCGGCUUGCGCAAGAAGAAUCUGUCCCCCGGGGCGGUGGAGACGGAGGUGCGAGGAAUCUCGGGGGUGGAUCUCUUCGGUGCGACAGACGCUGUGGUGAAACACGUCCUGGAGGGUCACGACCGCGGGGUGAACUGGGCAGCGUUCCACCCCACGAUGCCCCUGAUCGUGUCGGGCGCUGACGACCGUCAAGUGAAGAUCUGGAGAAUGAACGAAUCCAAGGCCUGGGAGUUGGACACUUGCCGUGGACAUUACAACAACGUGUCCUGCGCCGUCUUCCACCCGAGACAGGAGCUGAUUCUGUCCAACUCCGAGGACAAGAGCAUCCGGGUGUGGGACAUGUCCAAACGGACGGGGGUCCAGACCUUCCGGCGGGACCACGAUCGUUUCUGGGUGCUCGGGGCGCACCCCAAUCUCAACCUGUUUGCUGCGGGGCACGACAGCGGGAUGCUGGUCUUCAAGCUAGAGCGAGAGCGUCCGGCCUAUUCCGUCCACGGGAACCUGCUGUUCUACGUGAAGGAUCGCUUCCUCCGCCAGCUGGACUUCAACAGCUCCAAGGAUACGGCCGUGAUGCAGCUGCGCAGUGGCUCCAAGUUUCCUGUGUUCAGCAUGUCUUACAACCCUGCUGAGAACGCUGUCCUCCUGUGCACGAGAGCCACCAAUCUGGAGAACAGCACAUAUGAUCUCUACUCGAUUCCCAAGGAAACGGACUCUCAGAAUCCAGACGCUCCUGAAGGAAAGCGUUCCUCCGGUCUCACUGCAGUCUGGGUAGCUCGAAAUCGAUUUGCCGUCCUGGAUCGCAUGCACUCGCUGCUGAUCAAGAACCUGAAGAACGAGAUCGCCAAGAAGGUUCAGGUUCCGAACUGUGAGGAGAUCUUCUACGCUGGGACCGGGAGCCUGCUCCUGAGGGACCCGGAUUCAAUCACCCUCUUCGACGUGCAGCAGAAACGCGCCCUGGCCUCCGUGAAGCUGGCCAAGGUCAAGUACGUGGUGUGGUCGGCCGACAUGAGCCACGUGGCGCUGCUGUCCAAGCACGCUAUUAUGAUCUGCAACAGGAAGCUGGAUUCACUGUGCAGCAUUCACGAGAACAUCCGUGUGAAAAGUGGAGCCUGGACGAGACCGGCGUGUUUAUUUACACCACGAGCAACCACAUCAAAUACGCCCUGACCUCCGGAGACCACGGUAUAAUCCGCACCCUGGACCUCCCGAUCUACGUGACCCGGGUGCGAGGGAACAGCGUGUACUGUCUGGAUCGCGAGUGCCGGCCCCGGGUUCUGACCAUCGACCCCACGGAGUACCGCUUCAAACUGGCUC